UCUGCACAGAACUUUUUGGAUAUCGGAGGGAGGAAGACACUCAGUGUGAGGUGGUGUCCUCAGUGAAGACUCUGGAAGCCCGUGGACUCAGCGGGGAGACAAGAGGCAUUCCCAGCAGCAUCAGCUCCUGGGCAUUUCAGAACCCUGGCUUGGACCCCGACCAAAGAGGGCCCUCAACUAACUGCUAAAUAGGCCAGAGACCCCAGCUCUCCAAGGCCUGCAUCCCUCCGUCCAGGGCGCGCCCUGCCCCUCCCUGAGUCACCCAGGGAGAGAGGGGGAAAAAAGGGAAGAGAAAAGAGGCAUUGGCUACAGAGGAAGGAAAAGGAAACAGCAGAGGAGGGAGGAGAGAGGCCACGCAGGAGUGGGUGACAGAGGAGGUCAGAGAGGGAAGAUCUAGGGCAGAUCAGGGCAGAGGGAGAUAGAGAGAGGGCAGGCCAGCAUCCCAAAGGGUGCCCCAAGAGCAAGCGGUGGGGGCGGGGAGCAGAGGGGGCGGGCCGGCCAUGUCCCACGGGACCUACUACGAGUGUGAGCCCCGGGCCGGCCAGCAGCCACUCGAAUUCUCCGGGGCCCGAGCCGGGCCUGGGGAACUGGGGGACAUGUGUGACCAUGAGGCCUCCAUCGACCUCUCCGCCUACAUUGAGUCUGGGGAGGAGCAGCUCCUCUCUGACCUCUUCGCUGUGAAACCGGCACCUGAGGCCCGAGGCCUUAAGGGACCCGGAACCCCCGCCUUCCCCCACUACCUGCCGCCUGACCCGAGACCCUUCGCCUACCCCCCACAUACCUUCGGACCCGAAAGAAAGGCACUGGGGCCUGGCAUCUACAGCAGCCCAGGGAGCUACGACCCCAGGGCUGUGGCCGUGAAGGAGGAGCCUCGGGGGCCAGAGUGCAGCCGGGGGACCAGCCGUGGCAGCUACAAUCCUCUGCAGUACCAAGUGGCACACUGUGGGCAGACGGCCAUGCACCUGCCCCCAGCCCUGGCAGCACCCAGCCAGCCUCUGCGUGUCCUCAAGGCCCCUUUGGCAGCCACUGCGCCCCCCUGCAGCCCCCUCCUCAAGGUGCCCUCCCCAGCUGGUCCCUCUCACAAGGGCAAGAAGGCAGUGAACAAAGACAGCCUGGAGUACCGGCUGCGGCGGGAGCGGAACAACAUCGCAGUGCGCAAGAGCCGGGACAAGGCCAAGAGGCGCAUCCUGGAGACGCAGCAGAAGGUGCUGGAGUACAUGGCAGAGAAUGAGCGCCUCCGCAGCCGCGUGGAGCAGCUGACCCAGGAGCUGGACACACUUCGAAACCUCUUCCGCCAGAUCCCUGAGGCUGCCAACCUCAUCAAGGGCGUGGGGGGCUGCAGCUGAGCCUGGCUGGCAAACUGUGUCACCAGCCCCCACAACCCCAGCUAAGCCUGGGGAUUCCCACCCUGCUCUAGGGCCCCUCACAGGCCAAGCCUAAGACACGGACCAUGGACAAAUGGCAGCAGGUGGAGAGAGAGGAGGGCAGGCCCCAGCAUAAUGAUUCUGUGGCUGAAUAAAAUUGCU